AUGGAAGUUUUCGAACAUCCUUACUAUAGACUUAACAAACGUCUCUUGUUACUGAUAGGACAAUGGCCUUAUCAGCAUAAAUUUGAUCAACGUUUUCGUAUGUGCUUUGUGACUAGUCUGUUGUUUAGUUUUGGUAUUACUCAGAUAUCAUUGUUAUACACUAAUGGAGAUGUUGACACAUUGAUAGAAAUUAUACCACCUAUAACAUCAUUGAUAACGAUCACAUCCAAAUAUUCCAUGUUUUAUAUAUGCAGAAAUAAUAUUAAAAAUCUCUUCGAACGUAUAAUAAAACAUUGGAAAUUAUGGGAGUCCAAAGAGGAAAUGGAUAUAAUGCGUAAAUAUAGCGAGGAAGGAAAAUUGUUAACUUUUUUUUAUACGUCAUAUAUAUACUCGUGCAUGACGUUGUUCCUUUUAAUGCCAUUUUUUCCAUUUAUCAUGGAUAUAAUAGUACCAUUAAACGAGUCUCGGCCUUUGAGACCUAUAUUUAAAAGCGAGUAUUUUAUCGACGAAGAUCAACAUUUCUUUCCAAUCUACUUUCACAUGAGUAUAGUGAUCGUUGUUGGAAUAACAGUGUUAAUAUCGAACGAUGUCCUUUUGUUGAUAUUCAAUUCGCACGUUUGCGGUAUAUUCACAACAGUGGGAUUUCGCCUGGAACAUUUGUUAAAGAAUCAAACGAAUAUGAUAAAUUUAUUAGAUUAUCGUUCUCGUAGGAUGUGCUUCAAAAAUGUCGUUCGUACCAUUGAAAUACAUAAAAGGGCUUUAGAGUUCGCUGACCUCAUUGAAUCUUCUUAUUCGUUUUUUUUACUUUCCCAAGUUGGCUCGAGUUUGGUGUGUAUGAGCCUUUCUUUAUAUCAAAUAUUAAUGUCACUUGACAAACCACCAGAAGCACUUACAUUUUUGAUUUUUGCAUGUGCUCAAUUUCUUCAUCUUCUAUGUAUAUGUUAUCCUGGACAAAGAAUGAUAGAUUACAGUACUGAUAUACGUACUAAAGCUUAUAAUGGUCUAUGGUACAAAGCGCCAAUUGAAAUUCAUAGAUUAGUGUUAUUAAUAAUACAACGAAGUAUAGAACCUUGUUAUUUGACUGCUGGAAAAACAUUUAUAUUUUGUUUAGAAACUUUUUCAAAGAAUGCUUUACGCUUUCGUAACGUUAUGGAUAGUUUCGAGCAUCAUUACUAUAAAUUCAAUAAACGUUUAUUAGUGCUGGUAGGACAAUGGCCUUAUCAGAAUUCGAUCGAUCGUUGUUUCCGUAGAUGUAUUGUUAAUUUUAUAUUUAUCAUUUUUGUUAUAACACAGGUAGCAUUGAUUUAUACCUGUAAUGGAAACAUCGAUGUGAUACUCGAAACUAUACCAAAUAUAUGUGGUUUUAUCAUUAUACUUAUUAAAUAUUACACCUAUCAGAUUCAGAGAAAUGAAAUGCAGUAUCUUUUGAAACAUAUUACUAAAAAUUGGAAAAUAUGGGAAACACAAGAGGAAAUGAAUAUCAUAUGA